CCACGUCUCCUCUACGUCCUCUGCGCUAAGAAGCUUUUUGCAGGAACGGUGAUUUUCGUGUGCACGAGAAUGUAGUCAGCUUGCUUAAGGGAUGUGAUCCCGUUUGUACAGUAGCCAGGCAGAGGUAGUUUUUAGAAAAGUCAUGCGUAGUUAAAUUGUUAUUUAUUCUUUUUUAAUUCUAAAAAUUCUGGUUUCGUCCGCGCAUCCUGACUUCUCGGUCCGCGGCAUCCUGAUGUCGGCGCGAGACACUUAGUGAGCUGCGAACUCUACACCCUGGUUGGCUUAGAAAUGCUACUCGCCAUAUUCUUGAUUGUAUUUCUGCAGCCACAAGUUCCUGCUCAAUCAUGGCCUGGCUGUAAUGUGACUAGAGUGAAUGACAACACCCUCGCUGCAUGUAGUCGGGACGUACCACCAGACCAGCCCAGAAGAUUCACUGCGUUGAGUUUCAGCAUCAAUCAGCCCACGAUUUUUAAAGGCGGAAUUAUAGCAAACAACUGUAGUCUGAACAACAAUGCUUCAAAUUGGUGUGGCCUGUUUCCAUACUUAGUUGUCAUAAAUUUAUCUAACAGGGGCAUUAAGAUUAUUUCAAAUUAUUCUCUCUUUGGCUUGGGGCAUUUGAGGACUAUUGACCUCAAAAACAAUAAGCUGAAGAAUCUUCCAUCACACACAUUCAGUAGUAACAGGAUUUUGUUUUACAUUAAUAUUUCAGGAAACAAAAUCAAGUUCAUACACCCAGAAGUGUUCAAAAACUUGCGAUAUUUACAUGUGCUCUACAUAGCCAAUAACCACAUCGUUGACCUUCACCCCGAGAGUUUUGAUGGUCUCGUGAGCUUGGGCAUUCUGUGGCUGAACAAUAACACGAUUGCAAGACUCAGUCCCGAGCUCUUCAAGAAUCUUAGUAACUUGAUGCACUUCAGAGUGGACCACAAUCGUUUGGAAUGCAUCGCACAAGAAAUUUUGGAGAAGAUGCCGCAUUUAGAAUCUUUCGACGCAUCACACAAUCAGAUAAAAUUUUUAAGUCCAGCAAUAUUUUCAAAUAAUAAUAAUCUGCAAUAUGUAGACUUAAGUCAUAACUUGAUAUGGGAACUAUCAAAAUACACAAUGUUACAUUUGAUUAAAAUGAAAACAAUUAUUUUCUCUUCCAAUCGUAUCGAGUCGUUGUACCUGAGCUAUCUACCUGUUUCAUUUACAAGUCGUAAUAAAAUCGUACGACUUGACAUGGAUUACGAUUAUUAUCGAGACUCGAUUGGAGUAGAACACGCAUGCAAUACCACCCGGGAAGCAAAUAAAUUAAUUUUUCAUUCGAUUGAUUUUUCUCAAAAUAAUAUUAAAACUAUAAAAUAUAGUGAUACUAAAACUGGUAGCUCAUUAAUGCUUGCAAACAUUUCACUUGCAGAUAACUACGCGCUUAAUCUUGAAGUGUCGUUUUUCAGAAAAGAAAGGUUAUGUACAAUUUUAAAUCUGGAUAGAACUAACUUUAAUUGGAAGAACUUAACACUCAUAAAUGAAAUGUUAGGACUACCACAUUUAAAGAUUCUAAGUUUUGUAGGUUCUGGUGUUUGUGAGUUUUAUACAAAACAGUUGCUGACCUCUAUAUUCAACCCUAACAAGCGUGUCAAUGUUAUAUGUGAUGGACCUAUGACUGAAGAUUUAUACACAAAUACACGAAUGCAAAGAAACAUAAGUAGUUCGAUAAGUAUUGAGGAAAGGGUCAAUGUGGGCGUUAUAGAUUCUUCAGAGAAUUAUGAUAAUACACAAUGUUUGGAAGAAAGUUCUUCCUAUAAUGCAAGUAGUUUUUGUAGUUUUGAAUGUGAAUGCUAUUCGAAUAGCUACGUGACACUGCAAAAAUUUUCAUCCCUUACAACAGGAAUUUCAUGUGCCUACAUACUAGACUGUUCAUAUUAUUCAUUUACUGACCUACCAGAAAUAAAGUCGAAUUUUCCAUGCGUAUUGCUCUCGCACAAUAAUGUCAAAAAGAUUGAGGAUGAGUACUUUCAGUUAUUUUAUGAUAUACAUUUUGUGGAUUUGUCUUACAACUGCUUAAAUGAUUUAUCGGAUGACGUUUUUAAUUCUUUGAUCAGUUUAAAGACUCUUCUACUCGAUAACAAUAAGUUAACGAGUCUAAAACCGGGUGUUUUCAAACAUUUGAGUGCGCUGGAAUCGCUCACCCUCCAUGGUAAUAGUAUAACAUCUUACAACGCACGUUCCUUUGCAGUAUCUUCACAUCUACAUGCGAUUUCAAUAGAAUUUGCUGAUCUGGACAAUCUUCAUGACGAUACUUUUCAAAACCGUUCUAAUCUUAUGGUUUUGCACAUGCUUGCAAACACGAGAACGUCAGGUCAAAAGAACAAAGUCACUACGGAAAUUCUAAAAAAUCAAUGUGAACUUCAAUCAUUGCGUUUGGUUGGAUUUAAUUUAAGUGAAAGUUUAAAUGGUUCAAUAUUAUGUUCAAAAUAUUUGAUACUUUUUGAACUCCAAAGUAACUAUUUACCAAUUCUUACUGACGAAAUUUUCAGGGGUACUGGUAACAUAUUAAGGAUUAUGUUGCCAGAUAACGGCAUCCAAAGUCUGAGACAUAAUGCAUUUAGAAAUUUGACAAAGGUCACACAUAUUGAUCUUUCUGUUAACUCGAUUGAGGUUCUUCACAUCUCUAUGUUUUCCGAUAUGCAACAACUAGAGUCUCUCAAUGUAUCUCAUAACAAAAUAUCUUGUAUUUCCGCGGCAAUGUUUCAAAACUCAUCGAUGCUGCACACCCUUGACAUUAGUUACAAUAGAAUUGUGUUAAUGGAUUUAAAUUUGUUUAGUAUGCUUUAUAAUUUAAUAUUUUUAUUUUUAAAUGAUAAUAAUAUAACAGUGGCAAGUGAAACACAUUGGUUCAAUGAAUACAAAAAUACAUGCAUUCAUUUAGAUGGAUUAGAUAACAGCAAAGAAAUCAAUUUCAAUGAUACUGACAUUGAAUCUGUACUUCAGAGGAAACAAAGCAUUGAGGUCAUAAAUUUGUCAAACAAUGCUUUUAAAAUUUUGGACGAUUCCAUGUUUAAACAUAAUCGAUUUUUAAAGCUCAUCACAGCCUCCCAUAACUCAAUUCAUCAAAUUAAAAAUGACACUUUUAAAAAUACCAGAUUGGUUGUAUCAAUAGAACUGAACCACAAUGAACUAGUUGUAAUAUAUGCGAGUCUAUUUAAAAAUCUAACACGCUUACAAAAUUUAGUAUUGGAAAGGAAUCAUAUAGAAUUUAUUGAACAUGGCUCGUUUCAAGAUCUUAAUGCAUUGAAGGUUCUUCACCUUUCACAUAACAGACUCAAAACAUUUGACCCUAUUUCUUUGCCCCGAUCUUUGAAAAGGCUGGCAUUGUUCGAUAAUAAUAUUAUAAUAUACAACUCAAGUGCACUUAAACAUAAUAGUUUGGAAGAACUUUAUUUAGGUUAUAAUCCACUGAAGAAUUUUAUUGUAGACGAUUUCUUUCAUUUGCCAUCUCUUGUUGUUUUGGAACUAGGUCACACAAAUAUACACGAGUUCAGCACAGAGGCAUUCAAGAACACUACAAAGCUUGCAUAUCUUGAGCUAGCACAAAGCUGUGUCCACUCGCUGUCCGGCUGCCAUUUUUAUAACAUGAGAGAUCUUAUCUCACUAGACAUCGGCAACCCAAGAACUUACGGCUGUUCUCCGGGAACAAACAAUGUUCUGAGCUGGAAGAACAUCACCCUUAUAAACUUUUGGUUUGAACAUCCAUAUCUUCAGCUCCUGAACCUCGAAGGUCAUGACAUAUGCAAGGACCUGUAUUGGAACCAAGUAAUAGAAAACAUAUUUUUAUCUGAAACAUGGAAAAUCGUCAUAUGCUCAAAAGAAGAAAACAUUUACUCAAGUAUUUUAAGUCCAGAUGCCAAUUCGUAUUUGUACGCACAUAAAUUGAAAAUGUAGUAAUAAUUGACUUUGGAAGACAGUUUUUCCCCCCUUCGUAUAUAUUGAUUAUCGCAGCAAUGAAUUUAUGGCCUGAUGUUAGGGACUUACACGGCAAAAAUAAUAUUUGUUUUUUUACGAAGAUUUUUCUUGGAAACUCAGCUGCCAAAGUUAUCUCUUGCAAAACUUCAAGGCAGAGUUUUGUAUCAUUAUUAAUUUUACAAAGCUCUGUCUUGCGGUUUUAUAAGUGAUGAUGGCAACUAAGUUUCCAAGGAUUUUUCUUGAAAAUGUACAAUUAAUUUUUAUAGUUUACAUUCAAGUGUAAUUUAUGUUAUGAAGUUUUUAACAUUAUCCUCUAAUGCUUUAGAAAUUAGCAAAGGAUUCCCCCGGAAGUAAUACCAUUUGUGAGUUGGCAACAUUCAUACAAACCUGAGCUUCUUCAACUACCUAUUUAACUGUUUUACUAAUAUGUGUUAUUCUAGAAUCCUUCAUGUUCUUUAGUCGAGUUUCCGAGUUCAAUCACAUUUUAUAUUAGUGUUCUGUUAUAGCCUAUACUUAUUUGAAACUGUUGCAAGACAAUAUUUAUGUACAUUGUAAAUUUUAAUAAAUACUAAUUGAAUUAUAUUCUCCCUUAUGUCAAACACCAAACUAUAAGCAGCCAUGGGAAUAUUUUCCUUUAAACUUUCUUCGCGAUAACUUAAUCACAUUGAAAUUCCAGCUAAAUUUUGAAUAUAUUAGCUAAAUGUUUUUUUCUCCUUUAACUGCAUUUUCCAGAGAUGUUUACCUGAAGAGAUAUCAAACGAUUAAUACCCCAUUUAAAAUUGUCACUGAAAAUUUUGACGAAACCCAUUGGUACUACCUUUGCUCGCACAGGCCGUCGUGCCAUCUCGCUGCCUCGCAGGGGCGUGUGCGCCGAGUGAUGGGUGGUACGAACGGGUUCAGCGUGGCGCAAGUGUAGCUUGGUGCAGCGUCACGAAAGGCCGACACCGCCGAAGGGUGAAUUACCGCCCGAACUGUAAUCGAACUGUACUAGUUUAUUAUUAUGACAUGUAAUCAAGUAAUGUUAGACAUUGUUUGUAUAACAUAAAUCAUGUAUUAAAGUUUAACAACUUUCUGGAUUAGCGCGAACACACCUAAAACGUGGCUUGGCCUAACCAUUUGCACACGGCAUGUUUCUGCGCGAAGCCGGCUCCUAGUGGCGCGCUGUGACUAGGAGCUAGAGCAGUUCAACAGGUCUAGACUUGUUUACGCACCGCGGGGCCCUUCAGUCUUUGUUCGCCAUGGACCAAAACUUCUAGAAUAGAGCAAGUUAUUAUAUAUUCUCUUCCAUCGGCUCUGCGGCUAGCCCUCUCCGGCUGGCUUGAAUUCGCCAGCCACUCAGCCUUACCAUGCGUGCCCGAGAGGGACUUCUUUUAUUGUCAUAUGUGAAUUCUUAAUUUCUAGACUGCGUGCGGGCUUCGUUCCAGGCAUCUCGUAUUCGACUCUAGUCUUCAGACGUUUUAAUGUUUCGCCCGCACUGGACCGCCGCGUUAGGUGAACAGUGUCAUGAGAAGUGGUUUUAAUGUAAGAUGUUCGAGGACUUUCGAGGACUUUCGAGGACUUUCGGGACGUUCCCACUUUGCACCUCAAACGGCGUUAGAUUUAAAUUAGAGCCAGGCACCCUGGUAAUAGAUAUGCACUUUAUGUAGUUACUAUCCACUUUGGAGUAUAUUUCUAGUGUUCCAGUUAGAAUGUCCUUAAAAUUUUGUGUGUAACCGUGAUAGGCAACUGUGGAAUUAGUUAUUGCGUUUAAAUGUUUGUCGUUUCAUUGUCCCAUCAAGCCACAUGUAGGUAAAGCCUCUGUGUCAUGACUUAUUUACGCUUUUACAAUCAAGGCAGGAUGUCGCAGGCAUCCAUUCAAUUAUUAUUGUGAACUAAGGCCGGAGGGCCUUCGCAUAAUAUCUGCUUUAAUUCGCUAACGUCGGUUACUAUCACGUAACCCUGAUCGCGUGCCGUGUAGAACUCCGGUUCCAGACGUUAAGACAAGCCAUGUCUACGGUAGCGCCGUGUACGAGAGAUGAUUGGAAAUAAAGACAGUCGUAGCAGA